AUGAGUCGAGGUUAUAACAAUUUAAACCGUACGUUUGUUGCUAAGGAACCAGGAUUUGGACCUAUUCCACCAGAGGCAGAGAAUGGAUCCCACUGGCAUCGUUUAGAUGUACUACGUCUGCGGUUCCAUCCCGCGUUCCGACUACCCCAAGACGGACCAAAGGGGGUACCUAUUGAGACCUCACCUAGUUUUGUUCCAUUGGAGGGCAACCAAUUCCAAAUUAAUGCACCAGCUGGACUUUCUAUUUUAGAAAUGAAUGUAGAUGGUCAUUACCGCACACACCUUGAAUUCCUACAAGAGCACCCCAAGACACUUGUGUUGAGCAUGGAUGAGAUCUGCAGCCGUUGCAAGUGUGACAAGCACCAAAAGAUUUCUUUAGAGGCCAUGUGUGUUAACCAGCAACAACGUACGAUGGAGGAUGUACAGGGUUUUAUCCAAUCUCACGCUGGCGUCCGAUUACCCGGUGUCCCUGGGCAUGUGAUCCAAAGCGACGUUUUUGGUGGGGAUACACCGGGUGCGACCCAAUCGCGUUCUAUUUUUUUGAAGGAUGGUCAUUUAAAGCAAGUAGUGAGUAUUACAGUGCAUCAUGGCAGUUUCUUGGACGGUUUUGUGAUUCAUUGGAACGACGGCACGCAAGAUGUUGUGGGCAAGACAGGUGGAGGCAAGUCCAGGUUUAUUGUGAUGCCUGGUGAGCAGAUUCAGGGCAUUAUUUUAAGAUGUGGAGCAUGGAUUGAUGGGCUGCAGUUUAAGCUAAGCAGCGGAAGGUUGAGCCCUUGGUAUGGUGGGAUGGGAGGUUCGCCGACGGUAGUGGAAGCACCCGAAGGGUAUGACACAGUAGGCUUCUUUUCUACAGCCAAUGAUUGGACAGAACAAAUCGGUAUCUUCUAUCGUCGCUGUAUCAAAAAUUGA